AUGGACGAUGAAAAGGAAGGUCUAUUGGCCAAGGAUAAAACAUAUGAAAAGGAAGUUCCUUUGGUUAAAGAGAAAUCAUAUACGGAAUGUAUGAGUACACGAAUGAAAGUGAUGAUGUAUGCAUUAAUUUACAACUGUGCGAUUACUGUGACCACAACAAUCGAACCACAAUUUACAUAUUCAUACAUUAAACAUCAUAAUUCUUUUAAUGACACCAGUGAUGAAACACAGAAUAAUUCUACUCAAAACUUUAAGACGUGUGAAGCCAAUUCAACAUCAUCAGACGAUCAACUACAACAAUUAGCAUCCGACUGGUCAUGGUACAUGCAAAUAGCUGAAGCGGGAGUUUCAUUUCCAAUUGUAAUGUUUUCAGGACCAAUCGCUGAUAAAAUUGGACGAAAACCUGUUUUGAUGUGGAAUUUAGUUAUAACACUCGUUUCAUUUAUUCUUAAAACAGUAAUUGUGUAUAGAAACAUGAAUUUAUAUUAUUAUACUAUUGCAUGCGGAAUAUUAGGGCUUGCAGGAUCGUUUUAUACAUAUCAAAUAACAAACUUCGCUAUUCUUGCAGAUGUAACCUCAGAGGGUAAAGAUAGAUCUUUAAUGAUGACUGUAUACGAUGCUUUAUCUGCUGUUGGUUCUGUUAGCUUUCAAAUAGGCACUGGGUACUUAAUACAACUAAUAGGCUUUACAGAUCCAUAUAUAAUAACUUCAGGCAUGUUUCUGUUUCUUUGUGUUUUAGUACAGAUAACACUAACCGAUUCUUGGAAACCACCAGACAAGAAAACUAAGAUGAAAUGGCUUACUAUUCCUUUCGAGUUAUUUUCAUUCUGCUUUAAGCCUGAAAAUAUGAGUAAACUAGUUAAUAUAACCAAAUUCAUCAUUUAUUUCUUGGCGUAUUGCCUUUUUUAUUUUCCACAUUGUGUGGUUAGUGCAAUAAGAACUAUAUUUCAGUUGGGAACCCCGUUUUGUUGGACAUCUGAACAUAUUGGAUGGUACGGAGCAGGAUCUGACUUUGCCAUGUUUAUAGGUGGAACACUCAUGCUAAAGACAUUUCAUUCUUGUUGCGUCGGGUUGUCCGACCGAGUGAUCGCAGUCUUUGGAAUUAUAUCCUGCAUGGCAACGUAUAUUGUGUAUGGGCUAUCGAAAAACCAAUGGAUAUUAUACGGGGCAAUAGGGACAGGAAUUAUUCGAGUUCUGCCAGUGUCUUUAAUUAGAGCACUUUUGUCCGAGAUGGUGCACAAAGACAAGCAAGGAGUACUGUAUUCAUCUAUUCAUGUGAUGGAAACAUUACUGAGAAUAGGAGGAGCCACACUGUUCAACAACAUCUAUCACCAUACUCUGUCAUUAUAUAAUGGAUUUGUAUUCUUCACUAUGGCGGGCUUUGUCUUUGUUGCCUUCAUUUUAAUGAUGUAUGCGGUGUGCUUAAAAACGACCAAGAAAACCAAUGAACUCAUAAUCGAAAAACCAGCUAUCCAAGACGUGGACGGUAUUGAAAAACCAGCCAUCCAAGACGUGGACGGUAGAAAAUCAAACGUCUAAAACUGUUAUAAAAAAAGACAUGAACAAAGUAUACAGAUCUUAUUCUUUUAAAGAGAUAUAAAUAAGAUGGUCAUGAAAUUGCACUUCUUCUCGAAUUUUUACAAUUGAAAUUCAUUGCGUGAUCUGCAACAAUAAUAACAAAUUGAGUCUAAUGUAUGUGAGAAAUAUUGUCAUCAUUAUCCGACUUCUCAUUAAUUGUCAUUAGUUAAUGUUACUAUGUGACUUCCUCUUUAUUAAUAUAUUAUAGGGUACUAACACUAUUAUUAUGUAUUAAAGCAAUGUAUAAAUGAGAAAGCAAAUUACUUGUAGAACUAUUGUCAUUGUAUCGUGAACGUAUUGAUAACAAACUUUGCAAUAGGUUUUGGGUGAUGAGUAUUUACUAGAAGCAGGUCUGGUUAUCUGAAUGAAUUUUGAAAGAAAAUGUUCCAAUAUAUUCAUAGCCGGACCAUCUAAUAUGCAACAUCUUCUAAUUCUUAUAUUUGGAAGU